AUGGGGAACACCGCGAGCGCCGACGACAAAACGAAGCGCAUUGCCACCAAGGACCUUCAGUGCCACACAUACGUCAAAACUUACAGAGAGGGCGAUGCAGAACUUCCUGAGGAUCCCGACUUCCCGAAGCGGCUCUUAGAUCAGACGCGUUCAUUCGACUUCUCUAAUCAAACUGGAAAUGGUCAUGGGACAUACAUAUUCUACCCGAACAAAGACAAGCCAAAGAUGUGGGUCGGGCAAUAUAAGUGUCUGAACCCUGAAGAUCUUCUUUGCAACCAAGGUUGCCCUAUGGAUGCUUCAGCAGCUGCACAGUGCGGUGAAGCCGCCACUGAAUGCAUAGAUCCUGCUGGCUGCGGCUUGAUGCAGUACUGCAUGCCCGUAAGCAACCGAGCCCUACCACGCACAGAUUUGGCUUUGGAUGUUACUGCUCCCAACCACAAGACUCUGAAGUCCGUUGAUGAGUAG